UUUAAGCCACUCCCCCUCCGAGUCUUCCUGGACAGUCACAGCAAACAUGGCGACGAUGGAACCAAAUAGGAAGAGCAUUUUCACCGUCUCUUUGCUUAUUUACGUUCACCUCUUGCUCGGCGGCUGCCUGGCGGCUCCGACGAAUAUCACUACAGCAGUCUUAGAUGUACCAACAAAGAAACCGGAAAGUCCUCCCCUCGCAAGCGUAAAGAAUGAAACCACUCAAGCAGAACUUUUGUCAACCCCAGCCGGCCCCAAAAUUCCGGCAACAGCCACCGGCAACGACUCAGCACCAGUGACGAUCCAGCUCCCUAAAAUCAACCAGACCGUGUCCAGCCAAGCCAAGGAUCUGGUCGUCAUCGCCUCCUCUGACAGCAAACUGGGGCAAACGCCUGAUGAACCCGAGCCUGCAAUAUCACAGGAAACCAAUGCUAAGACUCUGACCAAUGGGACCACAACUGACAGACCCGCCGCUUCCAAAGCCGCUUCCAACCCAGAAGCCACCACCGCCACCUCUGUCACAACCCCUGAAUCUACCAAGUACACAGAGGAGACCACCGCCAUGGACUCCAAAUCCUUGGAGACUCAGAGCACCACGGCCCUGCACGAAUUUGAGCUGGAGAUGCUUCAGCCCGCUGGAAAAGAAGGCGGAGAGCAAUACGUGGAAGAGGACGAGGACGACGACAAUUAUGGCGACAGCGAAGACCUGGACGCCCAAUUUCACCUGGAGGACAACGAGGACAACGGAAAAGACCAGACGCUGAUCCGGGUGGAGGAGCCUUUCGGGAAGCAAGACGUCGGCUACAAGGGUCCCGCCGUCUACAACACGGAGGAUGAGGACUCGCACUUCUUCUUCCAUCUGGUCAUCCUGGCCUUCCUGGUGGCCAUCAUCUACAUCACCUACCACAACAAGAGGAAGAUCUUGAUGCUAGCUCAAAGCCGCCGCUGGAAGGAGGGUCUUUGUUCCCGCAACACGGUGGACUACCACCGCCUGGACCAGAACGUCAACGAGGCCAUGCCGUCCCUCAAGAUGACCCGCGACUACAUUUUUUGAACGAUAAGUCCCCACCCGAACUGCCGUUGUCGGGCGGCCAUGUUUGUUCCCCCACCGCCUGCGUAGUGAUAUUUUUUAUUCUCUCUUUUCACGUUUCUUCCAGCCUGAAGUUAACGUGGAUAUUUACUUGGGUUUUUAUUAGAAAGAGGAGGGCGUCUUGGCGUGUACUUCUGUAAACAAUCACGCAGUGCAGCACAUAAAACAAACAUGAGCAGGUCAAACAUUAUUUUACUACUCGCCCCCCUAGUGGCCAGAUGCUGCCAUGCAGGUCUCCUGGUUGCCUCCUCUUUGGUUUAUGACUUCGGUGAAGUCCCUGGCAACCGUCUAUGCCCCGCCCACACACACACACUUUAAACGCUCACACCUGUGUGUGUGGGAGCCUUGCUUUGAAAAUAUCAAUACAUAUUUUCAUGCCUUACACGUGAUUAACUCUAGUGUGUGUUGGAAUAUAUCUGCUGUAAUAAGAUAAAAUAUAGUACAUUUACACAUUUGCCAUGGCAAUCACACGUAGGAUCUCUACACUCACUUCCUGCUUUUUUUCUUGCCAAUAAAGCACAAAUAAACGAAGGACUCGUCUGUGUCGU